AUUGGCCAGUGUUUUCAUCAGCAUUGCAUGAUCGUGUACAGUGCAGAUUGGAGCGAGAUGAAUGUAUACGCAUAAAUAUUUCUUUAUCCUCAUCUGUAUUGACCGCUGCACGGGAGGUGCGCUGCCUUCAGGUUUCCUGAGAUGUCCCUUGUCACCGCAUGGCUGUGAUGCCACAAUGCGUUGCCUGGUGGCACGGAUCAACCACAAGACUCUGAUUGUCAUUUGCGUCGUGUUUGCUCUCAUCACCAUACUGCUGUGGAACAAGUGCUCCAGCGACAAUGACCUGCCCACCCAGAUCAGACCACAGCUCGAAUCUGCGCCCACCCCGGACAAGGAGGAGGAGAACGGGCAAUCCCCUGAAGCCCCGCCUGGUUCCAAGGAGGUCACCUACGAGCAGAUUGACUGCCUUAUCAAUGAGGAUGCCAUAAUAAAAGGGCGGCGAGAAGGGGGAGAGGUUUAUCUGCCCUUCAGCUGGGUGGAGAGGUAUUUUGACGUUUACGGGCGUCUGGUGCAGUACGAUGGGGUCGAACGCUUCGAGUUCUCCCACAGUUACUCGAGAGUGUAUGCACAGAGGGAGCCCUACCACCCUGACGGGGUCUUCAUGUCGUUUGAGGGCUACAACGUGGAAGUGCGAGAUCGAGUAAAGUGUAUCAGCGGCGUGGAAGGUGUCCCAAUUUCCACACAGUGGGGUCCUCAGGGGUAUUUCUACCCCAUUCAAAUAGCUCAGUAUGGGCUAAGCCAUUACAGCAAGAACCUAACAGAGAAGCCACCUGACAUAAAGAUGUAUGGGAUGUCAGAAGAGAAGGAGGGCGGCUCAGUUCAAUGGACUGUCCCUAAGGGCUGCUCUCUCUCUAAGAUUCAGGAUCAAAGUCGCUCUGGGUUUGUUCAUCAUUUUGUCACGGCAGAAAACUCAGACGGUGUAUCUCUGCUAGUGGAUAACUCAAAAGAUUUCGUUCUGACCUUUGAUGUGAGGUUCAUCUCCAACGGUAGUGUCUCUGUUGUUCUGGAGACUACAGAUAAAGGAGCUCCUUACACCAUCCAUUACAUCACUAGUCCACUUCUUCUGUCCUUCAAAGACAGAGAGGUCAUCUAUGGCAUCGGGCCCAGAACAACCUGGAGUACCGUCAGUCGGGAUUUAGUGACAGACCUGCGUAAAGGAGUCGGUUUGUCCAACACCAAAGUGGUGAAGGCGACCAAGAUCUUGCCUCGUCGUGUGGUCCAGCUGGUCCUCAGAGGUCCUGGAUUCAUCAGCAAUAUCACAGUGUCUUCCACAGCACACAUGGCUGCCUUCUUUUCCGCUAGCGAUUGGCUUCUUCAUAACCAGGAUGAGCACGGAGGGUGGCCGAUCAAGGUGACUCGUAAACUAGGAGAGGGCUUCAAGAGCUUGGAACCGGGAUGGUAUUCUGCAAUGGCACAGGGUCAAGCCAUGUCAACAUUAGUGAGGGCGUACUUGGUCACUCAUAACCCCAUGUACCUUAGCGCUGCGAUACGGGCGACGUCCCCCUUUAAGAAGACCUCAGAGCAACGUGGGGUUAAGGCGACAUUCAUGAACAAGUUUGACUGGUAUGAGGAAUACCCCACGACACCCAGUUCAUUCGUUCUUAAUGGCUUCAUCUACUCUCUGAUUGGGCUGUACGAUGUGGCUGAGACGGCAGGCAACAAGCUCGGACGAGAUGCAGGCGUACUCUUCGGUCAAGGGCUGGAGUCACUCAAGGCCAUGUUGCCGUUGUUCGACACAGGUUCUGGAACAGUUUACGACCUGAGGCACUUUACGCUGGGCAUGGCCCCUAAUUUAGCACGCUGGGAUUACCACACCACUCACAUCAACCAAUUACAGCUGCUCUCGUCGAUUGACAGCGCCCCGAUUUUCAGGGAUUAUGUAAAACGCUGGAAAACUUACCUAAAAGGGGGCCGUGCUAGGCACAACUAGACUUUAUAAAACAUUGAUUGUUACAUUUUACAGUUUUAUAUCAAAUCAUACGACAUUGUGUAGGAAUUGGUGACACAUAUUUUUACUUUCAUCAGAAAAAAAUGCUUAAUGUACCUUAUGUGAUUGCUUUAAUGUGUUGUUCAGAAAACCUGUUGAGCUGUUGAACAUGCUUUGUGACCUUAAAAAUGUCCAAAUAUUGUGGUACAUUUGAAUGUAUGAAAACAAUGUAUGAAACAAGCACAUGUUCCCCUAAAAGGAAGCGAGAUUAUUAGUAUCUUUAAAAAUCAGGUGCGUGCAGUUAUUUAUUAUUUAUUUACUCACAUUUAUUCAUGUAAGUAGAACACAAAUCUGUGUGUGUUUGAACAAUAAAUGUAACUUUAUUAC